CGUGGCUCGGAAUUAGGAUUUCGGUCCAACACUGGGUUUUACGUAGAAAUCGAGCAUCCUUACCGCGAUAUGACAACGUCCUUCUGCCGAAAACGAAAUCUUAACGUCGCCUCGGAGACAUUUUGUGCGAAAAAACGGGAAUUGGAUCGGUGGUCGUCGGGCAGAAAAGCUCCGUAUAUCUGAUUUCCCCUUCAGAGUGCGGCGAUUCAGCCCCUGUCGCCGUUCGGGAGCAGUAUUGUUUACCGUGGGCAAGCGGAGAGCAGAUCGUGACUUUCGAAGUGAUUUGCAAAAAUACGGCAUUUUUAUGCAAUUGUGCAUUUUUGUGGAGCUUCGCGCGAUUUUUGCAUGAAGAAAUUUGACGUCACGCAAAAUGGGUACUUUGAACAUCUAGAAAUUACGACUUAUCUCCUGGAAUGCAGCAAUCCACCUGAUUUAACUGGAUUGUCAUUUUGAAGCUCGAUUUUUACAUGGGGAAUAUUUUAUUUCGGGUUAUUUAACGAUAAUAAUGUGGGUGUUGGGUGUUGGAUUAUCAUGGGGUGAAUGGCGGUGGCGAAGCGGGGCGCUAUUGCAUCUCUUUUGAAAGACACUGACUCUCACAGCAAGGAGUAGCUAACGCUAACUGUUAACUUAGCUAGUAGCAGGCAAUUAGCUAGCUAUUAGCCAGUUAGCUAACGUUAGCAGGCUACCAGCUUGCUAAUGUGCUAACCGGGGAGGUUUGGGUUGAUAGAACAACUUCCCUGUCAUAAGCUAAUCGAAUAAGCAACUUAACUAGCAGCCAGACAAGAUAACAACUAUGGCUGAAAACCUGCUGGACGUCGGACCUCCCAACUCCAAACGGCCGAAGCUGAAUUCACCUGCCCUGUCAGCGUCUGAUGGACAAGAUCUGGGAUCACUGUCCUGGGACGAUUUGGAGAAUGACCUUCCAGAUGAGCUGAUCCCUAAUGGUGGAGAUCUGAGUCUGAUGGGUGGGAUGCCUUCAAACGGUGGAGCAGCCCCUGGAGCUGGUGGGCCAGGUGGCACCCCGGCAGGCCUUGGUGGUGGGGGUGCCCCUGUUGUCCCGGAUGCAGCCGCCAAGCACAAGCAGCUCUCAGAGCUCCUUAGAGCUGGUAGCACCUCCAGUAUCACAGGCACAGGGCUUAACUCAGCUAGCCCUCAGCCAGGCGGCAUGGGGCCACAGCUGGGAACACCGCUGGGUAAGAGCCCCCUUGGCCAGGGCUCCCCCAACAACCACCCGUCCCCCCAGGCCCAAAAAGCAGGAACACCAACUGGAGUAGCAGGACAGAACAACAACAAUAAUACUGCAGCUAUGGGCUUGAACACGACGGGGUUUAACCAGGCCAUGAUUAACAAUAGCCAGGGCCAUGCUGGCCUCCUAGCCCAGGGAGGGCAACCUCAACCCGGGCAGGUGAUGAAUGGUGGUCUGGUGCCUGGAGCUGGUAGAGGACGGGGAGCAGGGGUAGCAGGCAUGCAGUACCAGGGACCGACCAUGCAGGGGACUGCACCAGGACCAGGAGGAUCGGGGAGUGCGUUGGCAGAGACGCUCACCCAGGGAGGGCAGCAGAUGGGAGCUCACACCACCCUCAACGCAGCUCAGCAAGCAGGCAACAUGAACAAGAUGGGCCUGGGUAGCAAUGGCAGUCCGUUUGGGGCUCAGCCCUACGGUCAGGGUGCCGCAGGACCGGGCCAGCAACUAAACCCUCAGCAGCAGCUCCAGAACAAGGCUGCCCUUGCCAACAGCCUGCCGCCCUUCCCCAAUGAGCUCAAAGGGGCCGCUGUUACUAGCGUGCCAAACAUGCAGCUCCAGCAGCAACCUCAGCAGCAGGCAGCAAUGCUCCCACUGCCUGGCGGCGGAGGUGUGGCAGUGCCUUCGGCAGGCCCCACAGCUGACCCUGAGAAGCGCAAGCUGAUCCAGCAGCAGCUGGUCCUGCUGCUUCAUGCACACAAGUGCCAGCGAAGGGAGCAGGCCAAUGGAGAGGUGAGGGCCUGCGCCCUGCCUCACUGCCGCACCAUGAAGAACGUCCUCAACCACAUGACCCACUGCCAGGCCGGCAAAUCCUGCCAGGUGGCUCACUGUGCGUCGUCCAGACAGAUCAUCUCCCACUGGAAAAAUUGCACACGACACGACUGUCCCGUCUGCCUACCGCUGAAAAAUGCUAGCGACAAGCGCACCCAGCAGCCCAUGCUGAGCUCCCCCAAUACGGGCCUCCAGAACCCCAUGUCCUCCGUUGGUGUGGGUCAGCCCAGUGCUCCCACCAUCAAUACCUCAACCCCCAUAGACCCCAGUUCAAUGCAGAGAGCCUACGCGGCACUCGGGUUGCCGUACAGCAGCCAGGCUACGGGGCAGGCUCAGUCCCAGCAGGCCCCAGGACAGACCGCAGGUGCUCAGAACGCCCAGGGUCAGCAACAACAGCAGCUAACGCAGCAGAUGAGACCCAUCAAUACACUUGGUAACCAGAUGGCUCUUGGAGGCGCGACAAUGGGUGUGACCACUUCAGAUCAGACAAACCUGCACACAGACUCUCUUCCCAACGCUCUCAACACUAACAAUCAGCUGCUGUCAGACGGGUCAGCUGUGGGAUCAAUGGGCAGCCUCCCCACAGCAGCACCCAUCUCUGCCACAGGCUCCAGGAAAGCCUGGCAUGAGCACGUCACUCAGGACCUGCGCAAUCACCUCGUACACAAACUAGUACAAGCCAUAUUCCCUACCCCUGACCCGGCAGCUUUGAAGGACAGACGAAUGGAGAACCUGGUGGCAUACGCCAGAAAGGUGGAGGGGGACAUGUACGAGUCAGCUAACAGUCGGGAUGAGUACUAUCACUUCUUGGCUGAGAAAAUAUACAAAAUCCAAAAGGAACUGGAGGAGAAGAGGCGCUCUAGGCUACAAAAGCAGAUCAUCAACCAGGCACCUUUGACUGCUCAGGGGACCCAACAACCUGGCCUCCCCCAGCCUAAUGCCUUGGGCCCAAGACCACAGAAUGGACCUGUUCCUCUGCCCAACAUGCCAAAUCAAAUCAUGAAUCGCAUGCAGGUUUCACAAGGAAUCAACCAGUUCAACCACAUGGCUCUGCCCAAUGCCCAGAUGUCUCAGGCACCGAUGGGAGCCCGAGCUGCCUCACCCAUGAACCACCCACAGCAAAUGAACAUGAGCUCCGUUCCAGCGAUGGGAAUGUCUCCCUCCCGGAUGCCUCAGGCCCAGGGCAUGAUGACUGGACACAGUGGCGGCAACAUGGUGGGCCAGACGGCCAGCCAGGGGCAGUUCAUGUCUCAGACCCAGUUCCCUCCAGGAUCUGCUGCAGUGGCUGCGACGGGUGCAAUGAAUGUCACUGUGGGGCCUGGCAUGGGCCAACCUCCGGCGCAGGCUGCUGUCACCCAGCUGUCUCAACCAGGAGCCAGUCUGGACAACCGGGUCCCCACGCCAGCCUCAGCUGCCAGCGCCGACCUGCACUCGCAGCAUGUUGGAGCAGACCUGCCUGUCCAGGAGGUCAAAGCGGAGACACACCACGACCAACAAGAGUUUGAGGCCGCUGGCGGCAAAACUGAGCCCAAGAUGGAGACUGAGGAUGACUCUGCUUCGAUGAUGGUAAAGAAGGAGGAGCCAGAGGAAAAGCCGGAGCCAAUGGAGGUGGAGGAGAAAAAGCCGGAAAUGAAGACAGAUCCCAAAGAAGAGGAAGAGGGUGGAGCUAACAGCACAACCUCCUCAUCGCCCUCUCAGUCACGGCGGAAAAUCUUUAAGCCUGAGGAGUUACGCCAGGCUCUGAUGCCGACUCUGGAGUCUCUUUACAGGCAGGACCCUGAGUCGCUGCCUUUCAGACAGCCGGUAGACCCCAUGCUGCUGGGUAUCCCGGACUACUUUGACAUUGUUAAGAACCCUAUAGACCUGUCCACAAUAAAGCGCAAGCUGGACACUGGGCAGUACCAAGAGCCCUGGCAAUAUGUGGACGAUGUCUGGCUGAUGUUCAACAACGCCUGGCUCUACAACCGCAAGACAUCCCGCGUCUACAAGUACUGCUCCAAGCUGGCUGAGGUGUUUGAGUCAGAGAUCGAUCCUGUCAUGCAGGGCCUGGGCUACUGCUGCGGGAGGAAGUACGAGUUCUCCCCUCAAACCCUCUGUUGCUAUGGCAAGCAGCUCUGCACCAUACCUACUGGAGGCACAUACUACAGCUACCAGAACAGGUAUCAUUUCUGUGAAAAAUGCUUCAAUGAGAUCCAGGGGGAGAGUGUGACGUUAGGAGAUGAUCCUGCACAGCCACAGACGAUGAUAUCAAAAGAUCAGUUUGAACGGAAGAAGAAUGACGUACUCGACCCAGAACCGUUCGUUGAAUGUAAAGAUUGUGGACGGAAAAUGCACCAGAUAUGCGUCUUACACUACGAGGUCAUCUGGCCAUCUGGAUUCAUCUGUGACAACUGUUUGAAGAAGAGUGGAAAAACACGGAAGGAAAACAAGUUCUCUGCAAAAAGGCUGCAGUCAACACGAUUGGGAAUGUACAUAGAGGACCGUGUGAAUAAAUACUUGAAGAGACAGAACCACCCAGAGGCCGGAGAGGUGUUUGUGCGAGUGGUGGCAAGCUCUGACAAAACAGUGGAGGUUAAACCAGGCAUGAAAACCAGGUUUGUGGACACGGGUGAAAUGCCGGAGGCCUUUCCUUACAGAACCAAAGCACUUUUUGCAUUUGAGGAAAUUGACGGCGUGGACGUUUGCUUUUUUGGCAUGCACGUGCAGGAAUAUGGCUCUGAGUGCCCAUUCCCCAACACUAGACGGGUCUACAUAUCAUACCUUGACAGUAUUCACUUCUUCAGACCUCGGAUUCUACGAACAGCAGUGUACCACGAGAUCCUCAUUGGCUAUCUUGAAUAUGUCAAGAAACUCGGGUACGCCCAGGGCCACAUCUGGGCAUGUCCUCCCAGCGAAGGAGACGACUACAUCUUCCACUGCCAUCCUCCCGACCAGAAGAUCCCUAAGCCUAAAAGACUGCAGGAGUGGUACAGGAAGAUGCUGGACAAGGCUUUCGCAGAGAGGAUCCUGCAUGACUACAAGGACAUCUUCAAACAGGCGACUGAGGACCGACUGACCAGCGCCAACGAGCUGCCGUACUUUGAAGGCGACUUCUGGCCAAACGUGCUAGAGGAGAGCAUCAAGGAACUGGAGCAAGAGGAGGAGGAGAGGAAGAAGGAGGAAAACACAGCUGCCUCUGAAACUCCAGAGGGUACACCAGGUGACAGUAAAAACGCUAAGAAGAAGAACAACAAGAAGACGAAUAAAAACAAGAGCAGCGUGAGCCGAGCCAAUAAGAAGAAGCCUGGGAUGCCGAAUGUAGCUAAUGAUCUGUCCCAGAAGCUGUACGCCACCAUGGAGAAGCACAAAGAGGUGUUCUUUGUGAUCCACCUUCACUCCGGGCCCAUGGUCAACACCCUGCCGCCCAUCGUUGACCCCGACCCUUUGCUGUCUUGUGACCUGAUGGAUGGCCGUGAUGCCUUCCUGACUCUGGCAAGGGACAAACACUGGGAGUUUAGCUCCCUCAGGAGGUGUAAGUGGAGCACUAUGUGUAUGCUGGUUGAGCUGCACAACCAGGGACAGGAUCGCUUUGUCUACACUUGCAAUGAGUGCAAGCACCAUGUGGAGACGCGCUGGCACUGCACUGUGUGCGAGGACUUUGAUCUGUGCAUUAAUUGCUACAACACGAAGGGCCACGAGCACCAGAUGGUGAAGUGGGGUCUUGGCCUGGAUGAUGACAACAACAGCCAGAGUGGAGAGGCCUCAAAGAGCCCGCAGGAGAGCCGGCGCUUAAGUAUUCAACGAUGCAUUCAGUCCCUGGUCCAUGCUUGUCAGUGUCGCAAUGCCAACUGCUCUCUGCCGUCCUGCCAGAAGAUGAAGCGAGUGGUGCAGCACACCAAAGGCUGCAAGCGCAAAACCAACGGUGGCUGCCCUGUAUGCAAGCAGCUUAUUGCUUUAUGUUGCUACCACGCAAAACACUGUCAGGAGAACAAGUGUCCUGUCCCGUUCUGCCUGAACAUCAAGCACAAGCUUCGCCAGCAGCAGCUGCAGCACAGGCUCCAGCAGGCCCAGUUGAUGAGGAGAAGAAUGGCCACCAUGCAAGGCAGAACCAUGCCGCUACCGUCCCCACCAGCCUCAGCUGCCCCCAGCACUCCCACUUCCCAUGCCCAGCCUAACACUCCUCAGACACCCCAGCAGCCGCUUUCCAACCAGCCACCGACCCCCAAUUCAGCAGGUGUUAUGUCCCCCUCUUUUCCCAACCCACCUCGUGCUGGCCAGCCUCAAGCACCAGUGUCCCAAGGCAAGCCUGGGUCCCAGGCCUCCCCUCUACACCAGCAGCAGUCCCCUCUCCCCCAGCCGCCUCAGCCACCUCAGCAGCUACAACAGCAGCCCCCGCUUGCUGCGGUCAAGAUGGCACGGCACAUCGAAAUGAUGGCACAGGCCCAACAGAACCAGCAGAACUAUCGGCUUAACGUGAAUGGCUUGCCCAUGAAUCCCCAGCAGUCACCGCAGCGCAUGACUGGACCAAUGCAGCCACCAAUGCAGAUGGUGACAGGGCCACGGGGGCCACAAGUCAUGCAACCUGGCAUGGCCCCAGGACAAUGGCCCGGAGCUGCGGGGCCCAUGCAGGCGGCGCAGAAUCAACAACCAGGCCUUGUCCCAGGCCAGGCCGCUCAGCAGACCAUUAACAUGCAGCGAGCCAUGAUGCCGCCGGGGCAGCAACCUCAGCCUAACCAGAGGAUGCUGAUACCACAACAGCCUGGUGCCCGGCCACAGACACCACAGAGACCUGGUGCUAUACCCCCCAACGCCCUGCAGGACCUUCUCCGCACCCUCAAGUCUCCCAGCUCGCCUCAGCAGCAGCAGCAAGUCCUGAACAUCCUCAAAUCCAACCCUCAGCUAAUGGCUGCUUUUAUCAAACAGCGAACAGCCAAGUACCAUGCCAACCAGCCGCAGCAACAGCAGCAGCAACAGCCGCAAGCAGGUCAGCAACAGCAGCCUGGCAUGCCAACAAUGCAAACCAUGGCUAUGCCAGGAGGAGCAGUGCAAAGACCAGGGAUGCCCCCUCAACAGCCCCAGCAGGCUCCUGUGCAGGGCAUGGCUCAGUUAGGGCCUCCAGGGCAGCUAAUGAAUGCUGCACACAACGCCAACCCCCAGAUCCAGGAGCUCUACCGUCGGCAGCUCUUAAGACAGCAGCAGCAGCAGCAGCAGCAACAGCAGCAACAACAGGGAGUGAUGCCUCAAGGCCAUCCUGGCCAGUUCCCUGCUCAAACGCAGGGUACAGCAACUACGUACUCCCAGCUCCGCAUGCAGCAGCAACAGCAGCAAAUAGCCAUGCAGGCAGGAGCAGGAGCAGCAGGGGGACCCAUGGGUCAGCUCCCACCCAUGGCACAGAUGGCCCAGCCUGGCAUGGGGAUGGACUCCACCCAGAACCUACUGCAUCAACGAUUGCUCCAGCAGCAGCAGCAACAGCAGCAGCAACUUCCCCAGCAGCAGCAGGCCGUCCUCAAGCAACAGAUGGGCUCCCCUGCCCAGCCAAGCCCCAUGAGCCCCCAGACCCACCUGCUUGCUGGCCAGCCCCAGGGUGGAGCCCACCUCCCCGGCCAGCCUGCACUAGCCAAUGCCCUCAGCAACCAGGUCCGCUCCCCCGCGCCAGUCCAGUCCCCCUGUCCGCCCUCUCAACAGCAGCAGCCACAGCCGCCACAUUCCAGUCCCUCACCGCAGGUCCAGAACCAGCCUCAACCCUCGCCACAGCACCCGCCCCCACCCCACUCGGGUUCCCCCCACCCAGGGCUCGGGGGUCCACUGCAGUCCAUGGAACAGGGACAUUUGGGGACGCCAGAACAAAGCGCCAUGCUACCGCAGCUUAACACGCCCAACAGAGGAGGGCUGAGUGGUGACUUAGGGAUGGUGGGAGAUGCUACAGGGGACACUCUGGAGAAGUUUGUGGAGGGAUUGUAGCAUUUCUGCUGGGAACUAAAAAAACACAUUCUCACUCCCAGGGACCCUCCUCCCACCCCUCCUCGUCCUCGUUUCCCCCUCGGACUCUUUAUCCCGUUAGAGGGCUUUGUUCUUUCUAAGGUUGACAACGGUUUUUUUGUACUGACAUGUAAAAAGUUUCAACUGUUGCAAAAAGAAAAAAAGAAAAUUUGGUCGAGGACAAAAAAAAAAAAACAAAAGAAAAAAAAGUCAACACUUCUAGGGAAUGUAAUUGUUUCCUAAACCCAAGUGAUGGGUAUUUCUUCCUUAAGAUGUUGAGGGAUUUGCAAGUUGCUUCUUAAAUAAAAAUUUAAAUCACAAAGAAUA